AAACUGAACAUGGCCAUUAUUUUGUUACCAGUUUGUAGGAACACCAUCACUUUGCUCCGGACCAAAACCAAGUUAGGUGUUGUUGUUCCUUUCGAUGAUAACCUCAACUUCCACAAGGUCAUAGCAAUAGCAAUAUCAAUCGGAGUUGGACUCCAUGCCACAUCUCACUUAGCUUGUGAUUUCCCUAGGCUGAUAGCUGCAGAUGAAGAAACGUAUAAGCCAGUGGAGCAGUAUUUUGGAGUACAGCCAAAGAGUUAUGUGCAGUUUUUGAAGUCAGUGGAAGUAGUUACCGGGACUGUCAUGGUUAUAUUAAUGACCAUAGCCUUCACAUUGGCUACAUCAUGGUUCAGAAGAAAUAAGUUGAAGUCUCUUCCUGAACCAUUGAAGAAAAUAACUGGCUUCAAUGCCUUCUGGUACACUCACCAUUUGUUUGUUAUCGUCUACACACUCCUAGUCGUUCACGGAUACUAUGUCUACCUCAUCAAAACAUGGUACAGGAAGACGACUUGGAUGUACUUGAUGAUACCGGUGGUUCUUUACCUGUCUGAAAGGCUGGUUCGUUCGCUCAGGUCAAGAAUCGAAUCUGUUAAGAUACUAAAGAUUGCUGUGUUACAAGGAGAAGUCUUAUUGCUUCAAAUGUCAAGACCAAACAACUUCAGAUACAAAAGCGGACAGUACAUGUACCUCAAAUGUUCUGAUGUGUCUUCAUUAGAAUGGCAUCCAUUCUCAAUUACAUCGGCUCCAGGAGAUGAUUACCUUAGUGUCCACAUCAGGGAUCAUGGAGACUGGACUAACAAGUUACGAUCAACAUUCUCUGAUGUGUGUUCCCCGGCCAUCCCUGGUAAAAUGAGCGAGCGUAGAGCCGACUUGUGGAACGGGGAUAACCUUUUUAGCUUUCCAAAACUCGUAAUCGACGGUCCAUAUGGAGCGCCAUCACAAGACUACAAGAACUUCGAAGUUGUUCUACUGGUGGGUCUAGGAAUCGGAGCUACUCCUAUGAUCAGCAUUAUCAAGGACAUAAUCAAUAACUUGAAAGUCAAUACUGGAGAUGAAGAAGAAGGAAGAGGCAGUAACCGGAACCACAACACGGUAACACCUCCUUCUAUUUCUCCUGCAAGAAAAAGCGAGCUAUUCAGAACCAAGAGAGCAUACUUCUACUGGAGCACAAAAGAGCAAGGAACUUAUGAGUGGUUCAAGAGCGUGAUGGACGAAGUAUCCGAAGCAGAUGUUAACAACGUUAUCGAGCUGCAUAAUUACUGCACCAGCAUCUUCGAGGAAGGAGACGCGAGGUCCGCACUGAUCACGAAGCUCCAGUCACUAAACCAGGCCAAGAAUGGAAGGGACGUUGUGUCAGGGACCCGUGUCAUGUCCCAUUUCGGUAGACCAAAAUGGAGGAGCAUUUACGAAAGGAUCUCCGUGAAGCAUCCCAACACUAGAGUCGGAGUGUUUUAUUGCGGACCAGCUACAGUAGUGAAAGAGCUACACAACUUGGCAACGGAAUUCUCUCAAAGGACCACCAAGUUCUGUUUCCAUAAAGAAAAUUUCUAG